AUGGAACUUGAACGCGACAUACAAAUUGUAAUUGUAGCUCAUCUCGAUGAUGAUCAAUGUAUUGAAUCAAUAAAUACAAAAUUAAAUAUACAAAAACUUCGUUUUAAUGAUGAAUUAAAAAAAAUUCCUGAAUUAUAUUCAACAGAUGAUAAUGUUGAUGACUCAGAAUAUGUUAAUGGUUUACAAAUGAAAUGUCGUUUUAUAAAAUCAAAUCAUAUGACAACAUUUAUUCGAGAAGAAGAUCGUCUUAUUGAAAUAACAGAACCAACAAUAAAUCAAUCACAUAUUGAUGUUUAUAAACAUUAUCCAAUACGUUCAUUUGAUUUGUACAUAGUAUCUGCUCGUUUAAAUCAUAAAUCAUUGUAUGUUAAUGAUUGGUGGACAAUUUUUAAAACUUUGAUUAUAUCAUCGAAUAAUGAUAGUAAUGAAAAACAAAUUCAACAACUUUGUGCACCGGCGUUUAAUAUACCUUUACCAAAACAACUUGCAUAUCAAUCAUCUUGUUUAAUAAAAUUCUAUGAAAUGUUUAAAUCAACUUUAUUUUCGAUUAUAAAACAAUCAACAGCAUCAUCAUCAAGUUUAUUAUCAACUAUAAGUCAUAUACGUCCAGCUAUACAGCUAUCAUAUCGACCGGAGAUUCUUGGUUGGUUUGAUAGAAGAAUUGCAAAUCAUAAACGUUUGAAGAAACUUUUAGAUAAUAAUUGUAUAUGUUUAGUUGCAUGUGGAACGAAAAAAACUUCAUUUCAAUAUGAUUUUUCUCUUAUUGAAUUUCAUAUAAUUAGUCAAUUUAAUGCAAGUGAAUGGCAAUUACAUACACUUGUUAAAAGAUUUACUAUGAAACAUUUACGUUGUCCAUUAGAUAAUUCAUUUCUUCGUACAAGUGUUUUAUGGAUAUGUGAAAUUCAUGAUCUUGAAAAUUAUCAUCAUAUAUUUGAAGUUUGGAUAGCAUUUAUGCGUGAUGUAUGUCGAAAACGUUCUCUAUCACAUUAUUUUCUUGAAAAUUAUAAUAUUUAUGAAGAACAUUCAAAUUUAAUUGAUAUUAUCAAUACAAUUGAUUAUACAAAUAUUGAUUUAUUUAUUGAAAAACUUGAAGAAAAUUUUAUUUUUCCAUAUGUUCAUCAAUAUAAUGAUCGAAUGAAAAAUUUAAUCGCAUAUUUUGAAUCACAACCUGUUCUAGCACUUAAAAUGAAAAUAAUUUAUAAUGUUACAGUUAAAUCACAAUUUCCUAAUGCCGAUUGUUCAUUAAAUGAAAUGUGUAGUAUACUUUGUCAUCUAUCAUUUUUAGAAGAUAACGAUAAAGAAAAUAUAAUUAAUUUUUGGUAUCAACAAUGGAAACCUUUAUUUAUUGAUUUUAAUCGUGAUGAUAUUGUUAUUCGUCCUCAAUCAUCAUCAUCAAUAAAUUAUCGUCCAGAUCAAUUAGCACAACAAAUGACAGCAAGUGUAUUUAAACUUAUUCAAAUGGAUUUAAUUCAAAUGAUUAAUAUAAUAAAACCCAAACUAGAAUAA